AUGGGGACAAUUCCUACACCUCUGGAAAUCUGUCCGUGGACACUGUUACAUUGGCUUCCAGAACUGCAGGCAAGGCCGCCGUAUCAAUCCCCAACACCAUAUUUGGAUGUGGACACGACAACGGAGGAAUCUUCAGCGGGACUGAGACAGGGCAACAUGAUCAUAGACUCCGGGACUACUAUAACAACUUCGCCUACAAAGCUUUAUCAAAGUUUCGAAACGGCAAUUAGAAAGGCAAUUCAUCUGGAGGUGACGAAAGAUCCAACCGGCAUUCUACGGCUCUGUUACAAGACUAAACCGGAAAUCGACGCUCCCAUUGUUACAGUCCAUUUCCGUGGUGCAGACAUGAAGUUAAAAUCCGUCAACACUUUCGUUAGGUUUAGGGAAGAUGUUGUGUGUCUUGCAUUUUCCCCGACCAACGAUGUCGGGAUCUAUGGGAAUGUGGCACAAAUGAACUUCUUGGUAGGAUUUGACCUCCAAGAAAGGACGUUGUCCUUCAAGGCAACCGAUUGCGGUACCGGGUAA